UAUACUACACCUUAAGUGUUUGUCAGGAUUUUUCUUCAACUGUAUAAAAUUAUAAAUUCUCUGAUUCUCUGAAAUAUUCCAGAUUUUCCAACUGGGAAUUCCAACUGAACUGAGCGUAAUUAGAAUUUCAACUGAAUGCCAAUCAGAAGUCGUCACUGCUCUUCAAAGAGAAGGUGUAGCCUAAUUUAGUAGCGCCACCUACCUGUCAGCAAUUCUUCACGGUGUAAUGAUUUCCCUCCAGAGCAUUGCAGAACUAGAGGCACAUUCCGAUAGAGUAUGGUCUGUAUCUUGGAAUCCAUCGGGAACAUUGCUAGCCUCAUGCGGUGGUGAUAAGACAGUUCGAUUAUGGGGAAAAGAAGGUGAAAACUGGGUAUGCAAGUAUAGGUUGGAAGAUGGUCACCAAAGAACUGUCAGGUCUGUGGGCUGGUCUCCUUGUGGUAAAUACCUAGCCUCAGCCAGCUUUGAUGCAACAACAUGCAUCUGGGAGAACAAGGACAGAGACUUUGAGUGCAUUGCCACCCUGGAGGGCCAUGAGAAUGAAGUGAAAUGUGUCACAUGGUGCAGUAAUGGAAGUUUGAUAGCAACUUGUAGUAGAGACAAAAGUGUGUGGAUAUGGGAAGUGGAUGAAGAUGCUGAGUUUGAAUGUGAAAGUGUGUUGAAUGCCCAUUCCCAGGAUGUUAAGAUGGUUUUAUGGCAUCCUACCAAAGAGAUUGUUGCAUCUGCUAGUUAUGACAAUACUAUCAAAAUGUUUAAGAAUGACGGUGAUGAUUGGUCCUGUUUUAGCACUCUUGCCUCCCAUGAGUCAACUGUGUGGGCCAUUUCCUUCGAUAAAACAGGAGAACGCCUUGCGUCAUGUAGUGAUGACAAAACAUUGAAAAUAUGGCAGGAAUAUCUACCAGGAAAUACUGAAGGUGUGGCUACAGUGGGCUCGGACAGCGCAUGGAAGUGUGUGUGUACAUUGUCAGGUCAACAUCCAAGAACCAUAUAUGAUGUUAAAUGGUGUUCGCUAACUGACUACAUAGCAACUGCUUGUGUCGACAAUGCAAUAAGAUUAUUCAAGGAAAGUGACUGUAAUACAGAUAAAAACCAACCUUCCUUUGACUUACUUCAUACACAAUACCAAGCACAUACACAAGAUGUUAAUGGAUUGUGCUGGAAUCCAAAAAUACCUGGACUUUUAGCGUCAGCAAGUGAUGACUCCAUUGUUAAGAUAUGGCAGGUGGUGGAGAAGUGAUGGAGAGUGUCCAUUUAUUUUUAUAAAUGAUUUGGACUGCUUGGAGUGUUACUUUGAAGACCUGGAUUGAACAUCAUCGUUUUUUAUACAUUUAUGUUUAACAAAAAAAAGUGGAAAGUAGAAAAAUUGAUUUCAACUUUUUUGGUUCACUGGGUAAAUUUAAGGGCAGUCAUUUUUGAUUUUCGGUGCAAUACCAGGGUUCUCACAUGGAAAGUUUUAGACCCCAGAUUUUUAGCAUUAAAAUGACUACUUUUUUCGUGGUAUCGCGACUACUU